AUGAAUAUGCUCAUAUCGUUCGCUUUGCUGCUCUCUGCUCAUGUGCAGGCCCAAAGAUAUGGUCUGCCUCGAAGGUUAGAAGCCAGAGGUACUUUCUCGGGCAAUGAGACGGCUCCGUAUACAAACUCAUCCAUAACGACGUCAUGGACCUCAACUCUUGAUCACGCUCCAUCAUUGUCGCCGCCAUCGACAAGUACCGAACAGAAAUCUACUGAUUCUUUGAAACCGCCAUUACCUGAUCAGACGUCGACCCUCACAGGCUCCGAGAAGCCGGAGCCAACCGGUGGACCGCCUGGCGGCGAUGCCGAUGGUGCUGUAUGUAGAGGCGGUAUGCUUACUUACUACGGAUCCGUCUAUCCUACAGUAUAUUCUACUGUGACAGAAAUCUACAAUGUUACACUCAGUGCGGUCAAUGCAACAAUGACCGACAGCGAGACACUCAUGACCCCCUCGCAAGCGGCAUGUGGCUAUACCGUUGUUCCUAUCAAUGGGCCGGAGCAGGCGAUAGCCACCAUCGAAGGUACUGUAGAUCCUGCUUUACCCCAACCCAAGCAAACGGUCCUCUCGACAGGGCUAAGCCCCGAUAACAUGACACUGGUCGACGGAACUCCCUUCACUGAAACAAUGUCCAUCGGAAGUCCGUCACGUAGCGGCGCCCCUAGGCCACCAAAGUUCCCAGCUGCGCCCGUGCCAGAAACUGGUGAGAGACCAAGUCCAGUUGUAGGGGGCCGACCUCCCGCUGCUUCGAUGAAGGGAUCUACGAUAUAUGCAACGGCACCUUACACGAGUACUGUGAUCGUCACGAAAAAGACACCAGUACCUGUUCUUCCAACGGCGCAAUCGCCACCACCAGUCUUCCAAAACCCACCACCUACCCAAGAUCGAAAACCUCCUGUGCAAGAGACAGGUGGCCGCCCUGGCGCUGGAGGAGACUCUGUUGGGGGCCCUUCCGGCGGUGCACCAGGUGGUCCGAAGGACGAUUCUGGAGUUGUCUCCUUGAUUCAGAUAUCGAAUGGCAUCGGUAUCAGCGCUGGUCCGAAUGGGAUAGACUCCAUUCCCGCGACAGCUACGGGAGGCGUUGCCCCACAAACGACAAUCGAUGAUGUUCCCAUUGCGGUGCAGCGCUCUUCGGUCUUCUUCGGCAGUUCCGCUGUGGCUAUUCCCACUGGUCGUGACGAAGCCGUGAUUACUCAGGGUGACGCCACCUUCACACUUCGGUCGAACGCGAUCGCUGGCCAAUCGACCACUGUUGCCUUCGGACCGUUAAGUCCUCAGGGUGUCGUCAGCGUGCCACCUACUCGGGUCACUGCUGCCCCAGGUGUAGUCGUCGAGGUGGCCGGCUCUACCGCUGUGGUGGCUGGCACGACAUUCAGACUUGACGAGCGCUUUUCAACUGUCAUCACAGUCAGCGGUCAACGCGUAUCGAUAGGACCUUCUGGCAUCGGUCUACCGAGCACAACGAUCCUCGCCGGCCUGGUGACCCAAGCUCCGGCAAUGGUCGAGACUGUGGGCGAUGUUACCUUCACUCUCGACGGUAGCCGCGUGAUCAUCAGUGGCUCCACUUACGGCAUUGCCACCGACUCUCCCACCGUCACAACCGAAUUCGACGGCGAGGAAGUCAGCAUUGGUCCUGGUGGUAUCGGCUUCGAUUCCACCACGUUCAAACCAACACAGGCCGAGACUUCAACGCGCGAGGAUAUGGCGCAGGCCACUGGAUCUGCUGGUGGUGGUGAUGGUGAUGAUGGUAGUGAUAGCAACGGAGCAAGCCUGCCAGGGAAGUCGCUUUGGGGUGCCUUGGCGUCGCUGCUCGCUCUUUUGGUGGUUUUAUGA